UGCCCCUCCGCCCUUCGGUCUCUCACUCUCGUGAUUCCAGAAAAGGACAGCGCAGGUGACAACAAUUAAGAGAUGGAAGAUUCGCGAUAUCAGUGAUUACUACUCGAAAGGAUUCCCGUCUUCUUUAUCCUUUAAUCGAUCUUUUAAGAUCGAGCGACAUCGUCUAGAAACCACGUGACGUCUAAGGGAGAAAAAAAGGACGGAAGGUGUUUCAGGAUGAGGACAGAAUUGCAGAUGUCAUUAUGCCUUGCGGCAUUGAUCCUAACGAUAGUCGCUGAAGAUAAGCCAACGAACACGGUUUCGGUGUCAUCAAAUUCACCAGGACUACAAAGCAACACGCUACAGAAGCUGAUCAAGAUAUUGGAGAAAUAUGGUCUGGAAGAGCAGAGAGGAUUGAAGAGGGUCUACCUGAGCAACAGGUCGAUCACUUGCAACGAUGGCUCGCAGGCGGGCUUUUACCUACGUAAGUCUCACGGUUCGAAGAGGUGGAUCAUUUUCUUGGAAGGUGGCUGGUAUUGUUAUGAUCAUAAGAGCUGUAGAAACAGGUGGCUCAAAUUGAGACACCUUAUGACGUCCACCCAAUGGCCCGAAACACGUGACGUUGGCGGAUUGUUAUCAGGAAAUCCAGAAGAGAAUCCAUUUUGGUGGAACGCGAAUCACGUGUUUGUACCGUAUUGUACGAGCGACAGCUGGAGCGGUACGAGAACCUCGCCCAACGAUAUGUUUUCCUUUAUGGGAGCUGAGAUCGUCUCACAGGUUGUACGAGAUCUGAUACCGCUUGGCCUUGAGAAUGCAAGCUCGUUGUUACUGGCUGGUAGCAGUGCAGGUGGAAUUGGUGUUAUGCUUAACCUCGAUCACGUCCAAAAUUUGGUUCAUCAGGAAUUAGGAUUAAAACACAUAGCCAUACGCGGUGUCUCCGAUUCAGGCUGGUUUCUGGACAGAGCACCAUACUCACCGAAUGGUCUAUCACCUGUCGAUGCUGUUCACAAAGGAAUGGAACUUUGGAAAGCACGUAUACCACACAAUUGCGUCGUUAAACAUCCGGACGAACCUUGGAGAUGUUAUUUUGGUUAUCGUCUUUAUCCGACCUUGACUGCUCCGUUGUUCGUCUUUCAAUGGCUCUUCGACGAGGCUCAAAUGUCGGCUGACAAUGUUGGUGCACCUGUUACGAAACAACAAUGGGAUUAUAUUCACAAAAUGGGUGACAGUUUGAGGCAGACUUUCGAAAACGUCACCGCUGUCUUUGCACCGAGCUGCAUCAGUCACAGUGUUUUAACGAAGAGGGAUUGGCAGUUGGUUAAAAUCGACGAGGUUUCAUUGGCACAGGCUUUGCAUUGUUGGGAACAAAUGCCACUUGGAAAUCAUCGUAACGAUACUCAUUCCGAGAUCGAGACGAAUCAGCCCUGUACGAAAUCAUUAAGGAAACUUCUUCGUUCCGGUCUCACGAAAAACAACGGGACCUUGGUCCAACUUGGAAGGUCUGAAAAAAAUAAUUUAUCAACUGAGACGAGAAAGAAGAGUUAUUCGAACGGCGUAGUUAAAAUUGACGAGAAAGGAACUAGUACGACUUCCGGUCCAGAAAGAGAAAAUAAAAAGAGAAGGAGAAGAAAGCAUAAGGGUCGAAGAAGGGAUAGAAACAAGGAUGGAAGGAUGAAAAAGGAAAAACACGAGAGAAGAAAGGCCUCGGGACGGCGAAAAAGUGGGAAACAAAGUAACGACAACAACACACACGCAGGAAUGUUCAAUGGUACGAGGCCACAACGUUCGGUGAUACCUAAUGGAAAACGGAAAUGCAUCCAGGGCUGUCACUUCCGGUUGAUCGAGCGUUGCACUUGGCCGCAAUGCAAUCACAGCUGUCCAAAGCUUCACAAUCCGUUCACAGGCGAAGAGAUGGACUUUAUCGAGUUACUUAAGAGCUUCGGUCUCGACAUGAAGAGCGUAGCUAAUGCCCUCGGCAUCGACAUACAAACCUUGAACAGUAUGGACCACGAUGAGCUCUUGAAUCUUCUUACGCAGCAAGCCAACUAAUAAAUUUUCAAAGUAAGCUUAA